UGGGAAAGAUACUCCUUUGUCACAUUCGCCAUCGGUAAACAUUGAAAGCGCGGAGGGAGCGACGGAAACUGCGGGGACACAGAAGUUUCUAGGCACCUGUGGAAGGCAAUGAAAGCUGAAUACAAACCUACAGGGGAUUAAGAGAAGCUGAUUUGCAAAUGGAAAUCUCAAACUAAAUGUCAUCUCACAAAAUCUGACUAUGAUCCACCUUUCACUGUGGAAGUAGAAAUGCUUGUUUGUUUGGGAAGCAUUGGUGUGACUGGAAAAUUAUUGUGAGACACACAAACACCCAAGUGAGAGUGUUGCAGUGCACUGACGUAGAAAGAGCUUUAACCGAUUAUGAUGCCUGAAUGAGCCGUCCAACAUUCUCAGCCAAGAGAAAUUACAUGUGUUUGUUUUUAUACGAAUCAGGCUUCAGAAAAUCAUCCAACCUGGAGAGGCAUAAAGACACCAGCAUCAUGGAGAAACGAUGGAAAUGUGAGGACUGUGGGAAGAAAUUCAGUUGGCCAUCCCAGCUGGAAAUACAUCGACGUACUCACACUGGGGAGAGGCCAUUCACCUGCUCCAAGUGUGGAAGGGGAUUCAGAGAGUCAUCUAACCUGCUUGCUCACCAGCGGGUUCACACUAACGUGAGACCUUUUAAAUGUUCAGACUGUGGAAAGUGCUACAAAUGUUCUGGGGACCUGAUGUCCCAUAAGCGUGUUCACACUGAUGAGAAGCCUUUCAGGUGCUCUCACUGCAAGACUGGGUUCAGAAAAUCAUCUGAACUCUCUGUACAUCAGCGCACCCACACUGGCGAGAGGCCAUAUACCUGCUCUGCAUGUGGGAAGGCAUUCAUUAAUUCAUCCAACCUGUUGAGACACCAGCGAGUUCACACUGACAUGAGAACUUUUAAAUGUUCGGACUGUGAGGAGAGUUUUAAAAGCAGCAAUAACCUGCUGAGACAUCAGCGCACUCACACUGGGGAGAAGCCAUUCACCUGUUCUGUGUGUAGGAAGGGAUUCACGCGGUCAUCCACCCUGGUGACACACCAGCGAAUUCACACUGGGGAGAGACCAUACGCCUGCUCCAUGUGUGUCAAGAAAUUCACUUGCGCAUCCCACCUUCUGAAACACCAACGCACUCACACUGAGGAGAGGCCAUUCACCUGCUUUGUUUGUGGGAAAGGAUUCACUCAGUCAUCCAAUCUGCUGCAACAUCAGCAAGUUCACAACUGACUGUAGUGGUUAGAUUCUGAUGGUAUUGCUGCUGUUCGUGACAGCCAGGACUGACCUAGUAAGUUGAUCUUGAGGAAAGCAAGAGAUGUAUUCCAGCCACUUUCUUCCAUGGUUCACAGCUCCUAGCCACAGAACAGAAGAUCCUUUACAACUGUCUUUAGAGUCAGAACUAACAAGGAUGACAGCUGAAAAUGUGCUCUCAUUUUGGAGGUUAGUGUAGAACUGUGACCUUUCCUGACUGGAAGUGAACUCACAGGUUUAAGUUUUCCCUAAUACUGGUAAAGACAAAACAGGAACAAAGCCUUCCAUUGCUAGUAUGUCAUCUCUCAGCCUUCCCUUAUUUAAGGACAAGCACAUCAGGCUUUCUUAGUGAGUAUAACUUAUCCCUUCAUGUGAUAUUUUUGGCUGAAUUUCCUUUGUCCUUUGGAAUUAUGACAGCAGCAGAUACGUUUCAUAUCUGAGGGAUUUCAGUUUGGGUGCUUUAUAUUUACAACAACGUUCUCUCUGCAUUUGUUAGCUAACCAUAGGAAUUUGGUAUUCAGUCUGUUUAAAUGUUGUGGUUCUGUUCGCCGAGCUGGGAAUUUGUGUUGCAGACAUUUCGUCCCCUGUCUAGGUGACAUCCUCAGUGCUUGGGAGCCUCCUGUGAAGCGCUUCUGUGAUGUUUCCUCCGGCAUUUAUAGUGGUUUGUUUCUGCUGCAUCCAGUUGUCCAGCUGUCCGCUGCAGUGGUCGGUAUAUUGGGUCCAAGUCGACGUGUUUGUUCACAGGAGGCUCCCAAGCAACAAUGAGCACCCGAGCUACAAAUCUUCUCUCAAACUUUGAAGUCUGUUUAAAUGUUGCUGAGUGCAAAUGUCAAUCAACCAACAAGCAUUUAUUUGCUCCCC